AUGAAGCUCGCUAUCUCCGUCUUCGCCAUCGGCCUCACUCUUCUGUCUGCUGCCUCUGCCCUGCCUGCCUUUGACGCUGCACAGGUCAAUGACAAAGAUGGCGAUCUGAACAACCCCUGCGGCUCAUACAAGUGCAAGAACAACCUCGUGUGCGUCAACCAGCAGGUGACUUGCAUCCGCGAGCCAUGCUACCCGAUCCCCUCGUGCGUCAAGCCUGAGAUCAAGGACAAGGACGGCGACCUCAACAACCCCUGUGCAUCGCACAAGUGCGAGAACAACCUCAUGUGCGUCAACCAGCAGGUGACUUGCAUCCGCGAGCCAUGCUACCCGAUCCCCUCGUGCGUCAAGCCUGAGACCAAGGACAAGGACGGUGACCUCAACAACCCCUGUGCAUCGCACAAGUGUGAGGGCAGUCUCCGGUGCGUCAACCAGCAGGUGACCUGCAUCCGCGCGCCGUGCUACCCGGUUGCAAACUGUGUUGCUGCUUAAAUUCUCUACCUUCAUACCAAAUCCCCCAGACUACUCGCUCAUUUUCUGACGCGAAAAAUCUUCAUAGUGAAGAUUGCUGUGAAUGUUAAUAAAUCUCUUCCUCGCAAUGAAGGCAAGUGCCG